ACAACUCUAUCUCCUCAUUUCAAGUCCAACUGUCUUGACAAGAACGACCAUUGCGCCCUCCGUUCGGCUGCUGCAUCAACAUGGCAGACUCGUUUACAGACAUUGAAGGGCCAAUCACAGCAGUAGCAAAGUUCAUUGCGAAGCCAGAGCACGUCGACGAAUUCGCAACGUGGCUUUUAGCAUAUGCAGAACGUGCAAAAGUGGCUGACGGGACAUAUUGCUUGUCAGUUGAGAUUGUGCGGCAUGAGAACUUGUUUAUGUCGUGGGAGAAAUUCAGUGGACCAGAGGCAGUAAUGUGUACGUAUGCCGAACAUGCAAAAUCACAGGAGCUCGUCAAUAAAUGGUUGGCCGACUUACCCGAGUUGAAGUUCUUUGCAACAAAUUCCGUCGCAAAAUCUUCAUGA